AUGGCAGUGUCCAAUUUUACAACACCAGACGGAAUUGACGUACAGAUAGAAGAAACCCCGCCCGAGGAAACAGCUAUAGUCUGCAUAUUGAUUAUUUUGAGUGUUUUUGGAAGUGUUGGAAACGGAUUAGUUUUAUACGUCUUCUCUCGAAAAAUGGACAACGUCACGUCGACUAUUUUUAUUUUGGCUUUGGCUGGAACAGACUUCAUUACGUGUUUAGUCAUCAUUCCUUUCACCGCAGUCGCCAUAGUUUUACAGAAUCAUUUAAAAUACGACUUUUUCUGUAAACUGUAUCACUUUCUUAUAACAUGUAACGUACCAUUGUCAGCAUUUAUCAUGGUGGCAAUUGCUGUAGAUCGCUAUUUCUGUAUUUGUAAACCAUUCUUGCACGCUAUGAAUCCAUUUCGGGCGAAAGUGGUUGUUCUUUUCCUAGGAAUCUUUUCAUUCAUCUUAGGAACAAUAACAUCCUUGGCAUUCGGUGUAUACCACCCUGUGUCGAACAAUAACACUACACAUAAUUCUACGGACAGUGAAAACUAUAACGGGACGAACGUAAAUGAAAUGUAUUUAGAAUACAGUACGCACUGCCAAGCCAACUAUUUGCUGAUAUCCGGUUCUGUAAUCAAGAUAUAUCAAAAUGUGUAUGCUUCGUUUUACCUCAUCGCUCUAAUAAUAGUUCUCAUAUUGUAUAUGAUUAUCUACAAAUCAGUUAUCAAGCGUAGGAAGUGGCGUCAACGUCAACGGUCCUCAAGACCUUCUGGGAAAUCAGUUGCGACGUGUGUGACGGAAAUUGAGGUUAUGGAAAUGCCUGAAAACAAUGGUGUCAAUAAUGUGAAACAUGAGGAAUGCGUCAGACUGAAUAGUGAAACUAGAAAAUCUACCAAAAUAAAGAGAGACUAUGAUUUUUUAGCCAAUAUUCGAACGGCGUUUAUGUUGUUCGUGGUUACAGUUGUUUUUAUCAUUGCUUUUCUUCCAUCGUGGUUAAUGGCCAAACGUCUUAUACAAUUUAAUAUAAUCAUAUUUUAUAUGUAUUUUGUAUAUAAUGUAGCAAAUCCUGUUAUUUAUUCAUUUAUGAACCAAACUUUUCGUAAAGAACUAAAAAAUGUUUUCCAACGGGGGCGUAAAUGCGUGAUAAGGUAA